AUGGAUGAUGAGGUUUCUGGGAAGAUACUGUUACCGGAUGAUUUAGCACGUGACAAAAUGUUGUUGCAGACAAGUUAUUGCUUCCAGUUGGUACGUCAAGUCAUACUUCACGGAGAUGAAAACAUCAACGGAGUCCACCGGUGGCCGACAUCUCCUAGAUUAGGGGCUUUAAUCUCUGACCCUAUAAGUGAAUCAAAUAUCCCCAAACUCGAAACCCCAAUCCUCCCCUACCCAAGUCCACAGACCGCAACUGCCAUUGCCUCCCGCCAGGCACUACCGCACCAGCUGCCGCCUCUAAAGAAGAAAGAUAAUUUGAAUGAAUUACAUCUUGGCUUGACAAUUUGGCCUUUGAGAGCUCGAGAACCUGAACAUUUCUGGCCCUUUGUUCUGAUUUUUGUUUUUGCAUGUAGCUUCUAUUUGCACCACUGUGAAGGUUCUACAGUGCAGAUUUCACCCAAGGAAAACUUGAAGGAUGCUGCUUAUUGUUUGUAUUGUUAUCUUUUCAAAACAAGUUUUGGAAAGCAAGGUGGAGGUGAGUCUUUUGUUGGCGAAAGUUUUACAUAUUGGAAAGAUAAAAAAAGACUUCAUACUCAUGUUGGACUUCAUGAUAGUGCACAUAAUCAAGCUCGCAUUAAGUGUGAAGUGUUGAUGAAUCAAGAGCAACACAUUCAAUCAGGUUUUUACAAACAAUCAGAACAUGCAAGAAGUGCAUAUGUUACACGUCUUAAUGCAUCCAUUGAUUGUGUUCGACUUCUUUUACGACAAGGGCACUCAUUUCGAGGUCAUGAUGAAUAUGAGGAUUCUCUCAAUCCAGGUAACUUCUUAGUGCAAUUGCAAUUUUUGGCUGCUCAUAAUGAAGUUAUUAAUACCGUCACAUUGGGAAAUGCUCCUCACAAUUGCAAAUUGACAUCACCUGAUGUUCAAAAGGAUAUAGUAAAUGCUUGUGCUAUUGAAACGAUCAAUGUUAUUAUCAAAGAUGUUGGCGACUCACUAUUUUCUAUUCUAGUUGAUGAAUCUCGUGAUUUGUCAAUGAAGGAGCAAAUGUCUAUUAUUUUACGUUAUGUAGACAAUAGUGGGCAUGUCAAUGAAUGCUUCAUAGGGAUUGAACAUGUUACAAGUACCACGGCUCUAUCACUUAAGGCCGCAAUUGAUAAGGAGAGUCCAUGUGCCUUUUACAUUCACUGUUUUGCUCAUCAACUUCAACUUGCGUUUGUGGCUAUGGCAAAGAAGAACAUCCCUAUUACUAACUUCUUUCGUGUGGUUGGGGGCACGGUAAAUACCGUUGGAGCAUCUUCCAGACGUUGUGAUCUUCUUCGAGAAAAACAAUUAGACUUUAUUGUUGAGGCAUUGGAAAAAUGUGAGAUUUUAAGUGGACAGGGACUUAAUCAAGAAACGACCCUUCAGCGCUCUGGUGAUACACGAUGGAGUUCACAUUAUAACUCUUUGGUCAACUUCCUUGCCAUGUUCUUUUCUGUUUUAGAUGUACUUGCAAUGAUUGUUGAAGAUGAAUUUUGUUCUUGUGAUCAAAGAUCUGAUGCAACAAAUUUAUUGGAGUCGAUACAAAAAUUUGAUUUUACAUUUAAUCUACAGUUGAUGAGAAGUGUGUUGGGGAUGUCAAAUGAACUGUCAAAGGCAUUGUAA